GAGGGGUAGCUGCAGAGGGAUUUUGAAGCAAUGGCUGGACCGUGAAAGUCCUUGACUGUACGCCGAGGCAUCCCAAUCUUCUACUUGAUAAAAGGAAUAUUUUUAAACUAAAAAAAGGAUUAUGAGCUAAUAUACAAAGGUAUAAAAACUAAACUGUAUAAAGCGUUUGAACACUUACAUGUGUGCGCAGAAUGUUUUGCAAUUUUACACUAAGGCGCGAAGAAACUUUUCCCUGUAUAAUCAAUUAGAAAAGUGCCUGCGACUCAACCGGUAUAUAUAUGUAUAUAUGAUAUAUUAUAUAUAAUAUUGUUUUUCGAGAAAACGUAGGACUAUAGCAAUGUUUUGCUACCCUUUACUAACACUCUCCCGUUCUGUAAAUACAAAAAGAAUCUGGUAAUUAAGUUUAUGAUAACAUUUGUUGUUGAUUGUCCGCCAUUUUGAGAUAAUUUUAAAGUAAUUAUGCUAACAAGUCUCCUUCGUAGAGGAAUAGAGAAAUUGUAGCUAACAUUGGUUAUACAAAAGGAGAGUUUUGUCACACAAAGUUUUACUGACAACAAAAUAUACAAAAAAGCGCUAAUUAUUUUGUAAGAAUACAGCAGAAUUGAUAACCAGCGAGAUUCAAACAAUUUCCAACCACUUAACAGCUUUUUGUAGUCAAGUUCACAAACAAUUUCAAGAAAUGUCUGGAGACACCACAAAAGCCAUUAAAUUUAAUCAUCAACGCGUAACGGAUUUGCAAGUUGAAGAAAAAGAUGAAAUUGAUUCUGAUUUAUGUGACUGCGAAGACGUAGAGGAAGCGAUACCAUAUGGUGCUUAUCUUUCUAAAGGAUAAGACAUGGAAGUGAUACCAGAGGAGCCUGAGGAUGACGUUACUGAAGUGCAAAUAACUGUUCCAGAUAUUCCUCCACCAAAGGAACCAAUUCUUAGUUUAAAAGAACAACUUCAAGAUUUCUAUGACAACAAAGUUCAAUUAGGCUUGCAUCGAAAAACUUCUUAUGAAGACAUCGCAUACAACGUGGUACACAAAAUCAUUCGAAAGGUUCAAACUGCAGAUUCAAGGUUUCGUGCUAACAGCCUUGUGUCGCUUGGAAUUCCUUACGAUGGAUUACAGGCUGGUCAACCGAUUUAUUUUGAAAUGAUGCUUCAAUUGUCACUUGGUUCGAAUAAUUCCCUUUAUCUUUUAAAAGAUAAAAACCCACAGUUUGCGAGGGUCCAACCCAUCGACCAAGUAGUUUGGGCGGACUGUAUGGGAAAAAAUAGUUUAUAUAUUUCACCUAAAUCUGUCUUGAGGCUUCUGCGUCAUUACGUCAAAAGAGCUGUCCAUGUCCUUCGAAAGCAUAUUGACACUAAUAAGCGCGAAAAACUACCUGUUGAACUGCAGUCACUCGAAUUAGAAGAGGGAAGGUACAAUGUCAGCGUUAUUAUAAAUCACGACAUUCAUGUCAAAAUUUUGCCGUCUAUAACUAUACCUGAUUGUAGAAGGGAUCUGUCGCGACUGGACUGUCCGUCGACCUCACAUGUCGUUGCCGUGCAAGUUCCAUAUACCGACACUUUGUACGACGGAAACGGCAACAACGAUUACCAACAAAAUAACAACAACAACACCAGCAUUAAUUCUGACGAAAGCAACAGCAGUGACAACAGCGACAGUAUCCAUGACGAUAGCAAACUUGUCUGGAAGUUAUCAUUCUUCGUUGCUGAGAAAAACAAAAUGCGCACUGUGUCGGACGGAUGCCGUAUUAAAAUUCUUCGCAUUUUGACGGAAAUUCGCGAUAACGAUCCGAAUCUAACAUUGCUAUCGGCUUAUCAUCUAAAAACAAUAUUCUUUCACGAAACAGAUCAUUUGAGAAGAAGAAGAGACUGGAGCGAAUCAAAAAUUGCGAAGCGGUUUUUAGGCAUUUUAAAAAGUACAAGUGAAAGCCUCUACGAAGGAGUGUGUCUGUCAUAUUUUAUGCAGCCUCCAGACUUUCCUCGCUUAAAUCUAUUUAAUGGCAUUGAUAAACAUGAUUUAGACAAAAUGAAGAUUGCCAUAGAUAAAAUAAUUAAUGAUCCUCAAAUAAUUUUUGGAGGAAUUUAACAAAAACCUUUCUGUUUUGAAAUGGGUGUCAUGAGGCUACCCCUAUAUGACACAGAGAUAUUUAAGGCAAGGCCAUGGUUGCUAUACACCAUCCGACGUGAAAUGUAUAAUGUAACUCUCGCGAAAGACAUUUUUGCCAUUAAAGACUUUCUAAUAUUGACGCGAAUUUUACAGAAGCUGUUGUUUUUUUCACGUCUCACCAUACGCAAAUAGUUUAAGGCAUUUAUUUUUUGCUAAUAUCGAGCUGUUAGUGAAAAAUUGUUACUCAUAAAAAUCAAGUAUAUAAUGAGUGUUUUUAUUUAUAAAUAUAACAGUGUUACCAUAUUUACCGUUUUGAACGUCUACCGUAAAUGUUUAUUAACGACCCAUUUUCGUCCACCGUA